AUGGUUUCCCAUCCCCCUCAACCAGGCCCAUCCAACUCUCGAGCCUCUCAAGCACCUGAUCAACGACUCUCAACCGAACCCCCUCAAACACUCAAACUUCUGCUGAUCGGGUCCUCCUCAGUUCAGUCCAUCUUACCAUCCAUUUGUUUCAUGGAUCCUCAAACGAGAAAAAGAAGCGCAGAAUACCAAGUAUUUUUAUCCGCCGAAGAGUCAUCAGCAACGAUUGGGGUUGACUUCAAAUUCAAAUUGAUCGAUCAUAAAGGGAAAAGAUACAAAUUAAGCAUCUGGGACACUGCUGGUCAAGAACGGUUCCGGACUUUGACGAGUAGCUAUUACCGCGGUGCUCAAGGGGUUUUACUAGUGUAUGACGUCACCAAUCGAGCUUCGUUCGAAUCAUUACCCUCUUGGUUUAGCGAAUUAGAUACGUUCGCUCAUUCACCACAAGAUGUAGUACGAGUGAUUGUUGGAAACAAAGUGGAUAAGGAUGAAUCAAGGACAGUUUCAACUGAAGAAGGACGGGCAUUUGCGAGUGAUAAUCAUGCGAUGUUUUUCGAGACGAGUGUGAAGACGAGGAAGGGAGUGGAUGAAGUAUUUGAAGCGGUGGUCGACAAGAUCAUCGAUUCAAUUUCUCUACAACGAGCCAGACAGGGUUACCGUAAUGACUCGAGAACGUUACCCGGCAGUAUCGACUUGGAUGCUUAUAGUGACGAUGACCAAGCCGGAAGUUGGUGUAACUGUUAA